CAAUCCCCCGUCUCACCACAAGUCACAAACCCUUCGCCAAAGUAUUCAAACUCUCUCUCUCUCUCUCUCUCUGUUUCUUCGGUUCCUUGCCUUUUUAAUACCCAACCGAAGCAACUUCUUCGUAUAUCCUCGAUUUCUUUCGAAUCCUGAAGAACACCAACACCGGGCAAAAGAAAAUUUCAAUAUUUUUUUGAGAAAAACAAGACACCAAAUUUUCUCGACAAACAAUCGACCACUUAUGGCUAGCAGAAAGCUGGUCCGAGAUUUAUUCCUCUCCAAGCGCCCUUUUUAUCGUCAGCUAUUAACAUUUCAACAGGUUUCGACUUCUAAUACGAGAAUAAGUUUGCUUUCCGCAAAUGGGUAUUUGGGUAAUCGUCAAUUUAGUGUGUUGAAUGAGUUCUCCAAACAAGUUAAAGGCGAAGCCAACAGAAAUCAGGAAUUCCAACAGUCAGUCAAGGAAUUGCAGGGUAAAGCAGAGGAGCUAAAAGGGGUGACAGAAGGUCUGAAAGUUAGAACCAAGCAGACAACUGAGCAGCUGUACAAGCAAGUGGAUGGUGCAUGGACGGAAGCUGAAGCCACGGCAAAGAAGGUUUCUGCCAAUUUGAAGGAGAAAAUUUCAGCUGCCACAGAGGAGGUCAAAGGCUCUUUUGGGAUUGGGAAGGAAGAAGAUCCUGAAUUUACUGCUACUUCAGCUAAAGACGGCACUGAUGUGAAAAAUGGGAGCAAGACUACAUCUGGAGAGGAAAAGCAGCAGCAAUCCAGUCCUGGGGAUACUGCAAAUACAAUAUUUGGCAAGUUUAAGUCUACUGUUACUCCUAAGUUCUCUGUGGCCUUCCAAAAAUUGAAGGAAGCAAAGCCCAUUGACAUGGCAAAGAAAGGAUAUGAUGUUGUAAAGGAUGAGUUGAGUGGUAACCCAAGUAAAAGAAAGCGCAUUGAGUAUGGAGCUUCUUCCACAACUUCUUCAUCAACGGUUAAAAAGAGCACAAGGACGGACAUUACUGUUGUACCUUCAAAGCAGUCUAGGUGGAGUAAGAAGUGGGAAGCAUUGAAAGAGAAGAUGCAAGGUCAUUCUAUUUUCAAGCGCGUCAGCGGGUUAAGUGAACCUGUGGUGGCAAAGAGUCAGGAGUUUGCAGAAGACAUCCGGGACAGAUGGGACACUACUGAUAAUCCAGUUGUUCAUAAAAUUCAGGAUCUCAGUGAAAAUGUCUUUGGGGAAACUGCUACUGCACUUUCAGUCAAGGAAAUUCGGCGCCGUGACCCGUCUUUCUCUUUGCCGGAAUUUGUGACUGAGGUUCAGGAAGUGGUUAAACCAGUUCUUAAUGCUUACUUCAAGGGAGAUGUUGAAGUUCUGAAGAAAUAUUGUAGCACUGAAGUGAUUGAGCGGUGUAAAGCAGAGCACAAGGCUUAUGAAAGCCAGGGUAUCUUUUUUGAUAAUAAGAUUCUACACAUAUCGGAGGUGGAAGCAAGAGAGACCAAAAUGAUGGGGGACACUCCGAUCAUCAUUGUGGCGUUCCAAACACAGCAGGUCUAUUGUGUACGUGAUAGACAUGGUGCAAUAACAGAAGGGGGCAAGGAUACAAUCCACACUGUAUACUAUGCUUGGGCUAUGCAACAAGUUGAUGUAGAAGAGCUAGGAGAAGGUGCUCUCUUCCCGAUAUGGAGGCUGAGAGAAAUGCAACAACUUGGCGUGAGGGCCCUUAUUUAAUUUUGCAUUUUAUUAUCUUAUCAAUAGAUGUUAUGCGAGUAUUCUCUGGGUUUUUUUCUCAUUGCCAGGGAAAAAAAAAUCUUUACUAAUCAUUUCCUAUUUUCUUUGAGUAAAUAAGCUUGGGUAUUAUACUCAUUCAUUUAAAUGGUUACCUCUCUUGAUGUAUAAUCUUGUGCUGAGGCGGACAAAAGUUUUAGGUAGCGGUGCCAUAUGUCUAUUGGUAUUUGUCUUGUCGGCUUCCUUAUUUACUCCAAUAUAUAUUCUUCAAUGGAAAAUUAUAUUCAUAUUGGAUUUU